AUGAGAGAAGAAUUUGAAUUAUUGAAUUCUAAUAGAACCAUAGUAGAAGAAAAUAAGAAAAGAAAUAAAGAAGAAAAGGACAGAAGCCAAAAUAAGUCUGGAUUAAAAAUAAGCCAGAAUUCAGAUAUGAAUAUGAAUAUGAAUAUGAAUAAGCCAUCUUGCAGUAAGCUUAAUUCUUCAAUUCCCAAUACGAAAGACCAGAUGUACAGUAAUAGUACUACAAAUUUCGUUGAAAAUAGUCUUUACGUAGGAAAAGACAAUGAGUCUAAGGAUAUAUACUCAGUGCAGAGACAAGAAAGUAUAGAUCUAUUCAAGGAUAUUAACCAGGAAGUAGAUCCUAACGUACCAGAAAUAUCAAAUAGUUUCAACUUUGCACAUUUUCAAUUUAAAACCACCCAUAUGCUGGCUAAUGAGCUAACUUUCUCCAGUAAAGAAAAGAACAUUUAUAAUGUUCAUAUUCAGACUAUAUACAAUGCAUAUGAAAAGUGCUUUUCUUACAUAAAUUCACAGGAGUAUACAAACAACUUAAGUAUGAAUACACUAGAGAAUAUUUCAAUCGAAAUGAAUAAGAUCCUAGAGGUUAUAAUUCGUCACCGUGAAAUUAUCCUUAAGAAAUACACUGUAAAAGAAAACCAAAUGCUAUUGAAUUUUAUCACUAGAAAAGAAGAAAUCUUGGUUAAUGCGAUACAUUAUAAACAAGAAACCAUGAUAGAUCUAUUUGAAGAGCCAUCCCAGAUGCAAGCAUUACUAUUGAAAUCUAUCUUCCAAAAUAUUCAAGAUAUAAAAUGGAUCAUGGAGUACUACAAGAAGAGAAAGUAUCAGAUAGACAUGGAGACUAAGCAUGAAGUAUCCAACUAUGAGAUGAAGAUAUUACAGAAACAACAGCAGGAAUAUAUGGAAGAUCAACCAGAUUCAUAUGCAUAUGCUAUUCUUUCAAGAAUUAGAAAAUCAAAAAAUAACGAAUUUUGGGAGAAAGUGUUAACACCUUUAUCAAAGUUGCAUGGUGUAGAUACGUUCUAUGUCCAUCUUUCAACUGGAUUAAUCCUUCUUUCUCAUACAAUAUUUUUUGUAACUGCCCAGGCACUCCAGAAAAUAAAGUCAGAAAGAAUAACAAUCCUGUACUACUACGUACAUAUGCUAUACAAUACAGUACUAGGCAGUCUUCUAUUAGUAUAUUCCCUUAGGAAAAUAUUCGUAGCCUACAAGUGCAAAAAGAAUAAUCCUGAAAUAUACAAAAAUAUACUAAGUGCAGUACAAAGGAAUAAGCAUAUUAUUAGGGCAUCUAUUCUGUCAUUUAUAUCUCUAUUGGUAGUAGUAGGGAAUAGUUUUAUAUUGACCUUAAAUAUGGAUAAUUUAAUUUUGUGCAUAAAAGAGUCUGUUAAAAUUGUUUAUGAUAGGUUUGCUGCAGGUAGAGUACUUGAUGGGGUUAUGUUGAUUGUCUUUGAGUUGAUAUUAGCACUAAUUUCUCUUACUUUAACUUCACUUUUCUUUGGGUGUCUAUUCAAAAGGAAGUGGUUAUAUGAGAGAAAAAAGAAGAUGAGUGGUUAUGCACUUAUUAUGUGCAUAUUCGUUAUAUAUUCAGUUAUAUUUUUCAUUAUGUCAGUUAUUUAUGACUCAAACCAAAUAGUUAACAAAAAUAGCAUGUCUUACAGGUACCACAUUGGAUAUGCUAUACAAAUAUUCUGCACAGUUGCCCUUCAGGUGCACAGAGCCAUGCUAUUCCUUAAGGGAAGCCCUCAGAUUGAAAAUGCAUUUAAAGAAGGCAGAAUCAACAGGCUUAGAUAUAAUUAUAUCUUUGCCAUAGUCUUAGUAGGAAUAAUAUCUGGAGUCAUAUGUGCACUUGGUCUAUUCUUCUAUGUGAUUGAUGUUCACAAGAACCUGAUAAAACUCAGUAGAACAAAUAUAGCAAAGAAACUUCCAAUUGUUCUAGCAACAAAAAACUACAAAGACCUACUUGAAGCAUACUUUCAUUAUUAG